CGCUGCUUCGAGCGAUUACAAACCAUGUGAACCAGCUAUGCAACCACAAUGUAGUUUAGAUCUACGAAUUUUCAAGGAGGAUAGAUAUCGUUGUUGUUUUUUCUACCCACGUGAAAUACUCUGAAGGUCAAACGAUAUUGGAACACAAUUUGACAAGAGGUGAUAUUAAUUAAACCACAUACCAUGCCACACACAGUGAAUACAUUUUACAAAACAGGAUAAGGUUUUGGCAAAACUUGCCAACGGCAAGGAAUAAAUGGUUAUUAUGGCAGGCCAAAUAUGCGCCGCAGAAACGGUUGAAUUGUUGAUUUCCUAAGGAUGUCACAACAGUUAAAACUUCAAGGCCAAUACCACCGGAGAGAGAGAGAUGUUGCUAAACUUCUGUCACCCCUGUCUGAGACCAGAGAUCAGCUGUAGUACAAUAAGCACCGAAGGGUACGACGUAAAGAAUCUUGUGAACGAAUCAUCGCAGGGUUUUUUGGCGUACGCAUGCAUAAAACCACCCAUAAACAUUGACCUAACCUUUAUUUGCAACGUUGAAAUAAGUCGAGUUAUAGUCUGGCCCUCAGUCGGCUCCCAGAAAUCGUCCGGGUUUCAGCUGAUGGCUAAAUCAACUACCGAUACUGGAGUACCUUACUCCACAUUGUCAAAUGCAUAUUUAAGUGCUGCUCAGGGUGGAGUAAUUUUCUACAGGAGAGACAUUAACGAGACUCUGACUUGCGUGCCGAACGGCUUCUUACAGCGGUACAUCAAGAUUUCUGAUCACCAUGCCGUGAACAAGGCUACUAAUCUCAGGCUUUGUAUUGUCAAAACGGAAAACUCUGUUCCUGCCAUUGGAAGAAUUGAAGUUUGGGGGAGAGUCGCACGAUGCUGUGGAAGAGACGUCAUUGCUGGAGUAAAUUCCCUCUGGACACAAGAACAUAGUCCCCGUAUUCCUACUAUUGAUGAAAUUAGAGAGUCUCCUACGAAAAAAGAUGAUCAUGAUAGUUUGGAGAAGAGUAACUGCGCUGUAGAAAUACCAGAAGAUUUUCUCGAUCCAAUAACGUAUGAAGUAAUGGUGCAACCGAUUAUGCUGCCAAGCGGCAAGAUCAUUGAUCAAUUGACUCUAGAACGGCAUGAGCAAAACGAAGCCUUAUGGGGUCGCUCACCAUCUGAUCCAUUCACCGGUAUUCCGUUUGGAAAUACUUGUAAACCAAUAAUAGCAACAUCGCUUAAAGCAAGAAUUGACAAAUUCCUAAUAGAAAAUAGUAACGAUGACAAUAUAAAAAAAUUACCAAGAACAGUCGGUCGGAAGAUAUCGCAAGUAUGUGAUCAAUUAGUGGGUGUUGAAAAAACUGUCUGUGCAAAUAGCAAGUCCACUGUUCUAAAAGUGAAAUCUAGUCAUACAUUGAAGCGAAACAUUCCGUCGAACUUGACGAAUAGCCAGCACAAACUUCCGGUUCUAGUUAUGUGCACCAAACAAUCCUUAGAUUUGACGGAAUCUAAACGAACUCGAUUAAGCAAAACUCCGCAACACUGUACUGUCAGCGAUGAUAUCGAUAUUGAGGGUGAUUGUGCGAGGAAUAUUAGCAAUGAAAUUGACGGUGAUUUGGAAUUGAAUGUCAAGUCUGUCUUGUCAGGUCUCAAACGAUUCAAUGGGCCAAAAACUCGCGAAGCAUCUGGAGUACCCAAAGGUUGCUCAUGUUGCAAGUCUAGUAUUCUGUACAAAUUGCCAUGCAAGCACGUUAUUUGUAGGAGAGUUCUUACAACUGUGAAAUUGCCAAAGUGCCAGCAUUGCGGCUUGUCUUACUCAACGCGUGACCCGAUAAGGAUACAUGACUAGCUCUUUCCUAGAAUUGAUUAUUAAGUGUAAAUAGUUUGACAAUAUUGUUGUUCAAAUUUGUAAUAAACGAUCUUCUUUA